AUGACGGCGACCGGUUCGAGCGGAGGUUCCUUUUACAUGUCAGAUCCAGCAGAACCUUGCUUCAAACGUUUCGAGGCCCUCUAUCUCUACAUACAGGCAGUCGGCAAACAGCCACUGAUCUGCCACAAAGACGCGUACUUUCAGACAGAGUACGAAGCGUGUAUAGAUUGUUUAUACGACACACUGGACAUUGCAAAAACCUACAUACCCGAGGAGAUUGAGCCGAAAUUCAAAGACUACCGUGACUAUUGCAGCGGCAGACCUUCGGACUGGACGUACGCACCUUCACAAUUGACUACCGUCACCCGCGCGUAUUGGGGAUCCCUUACAGAUUGGUAUGGCAACGUGGUGCCGGGAAACAUCCAGACGAUCACGGCGACGGAGUUCAAGGGGACAUAUAGCACUGCGACGGGUAGCACGUCAACCUGGGGGGUUCCAUCAGAGACGUCAAAGGGACCUGGGACAGGAGAUACAGGGCCGAUACCAGGGAACUCGGCGUGGAUAGCGGGACCAGUCAUUGGCGUGAUCACAGCGAUUAUGCUCGUCCUCGGCGCGCUUUGGUUUCUGAGGCGACGGAGGCAACGGGUGGUUGAUAAAGAGGAGUCAAUGGCGACUGAUGUUGGUACUAGUGGCACUGGCCGCGGGGGCUACGGCCAAGAGGAAUAUGAAAAGCCACAGCUCCAUUCGGAUUGUAUCCCGCAUCGAAUCAUCAUGGAGCUCGAAGGAUCGUACCCGAUUUCGCCACUGCCUAUGAGCCCUGCGUCCGAGAUGACUGCAAACGAAGUUCCUGCUCAGGAGCUCUCGGUCCCGGAUAGCCAGCAUGUUGAAGGGGUUACGGAGAAGAAUAGCUCUGCGAGACCAGAGAGCCCAGUUCUUGGAUGA